AGCAGUUACAGUGGAGGAGGCGUCCCCCACGCUUGACCAAAAGGUCGGACUCUGAGGACGAACCCUUACGGUGUUAGGUCCCAGAACAGGGAAGUGCACAGUCACCUUGGAGGGUCCAAGGGCUCCUAGCUUGAGUAUUAAGGAUGCGAGGUAUUAUAGGAUCCGGGAGAAGAAUGUGGAUGCAGGAGUGGUGGCAGCCAUGGCACUUAGAACUGUGGAAGUGGCUUUGUCAGAGCUGCCCUUGGAGGAGGUGAGUUGAACUGACGACUUCCCCUCUUUCUGGCUGUGUUUGAGGGCUCUUGGUGGGGAAGGGCCAUUCAGGGGACCCCCCCAGCCUCAGCUGUCCGCCCUCACCAACAGCCCUUGGGUCAGAGUCCACUCUCCUCCGGGGUGGCUGGAGAGAGUGCCCUGCCUGUCCGAGCUCAUACGUUUGGUCUGAUGACAGUAUAUGUCAGCUUCCUUCGUUCCUGGAACGAUCAGCAGGCUGUACACAUGGUCUGUCUCUGUCUAUUGAUGAGGGUCAUAUUCUUUAGUAGUAAAUAGGACAAGUGACUUCCAAUCCAUGAGUUUUGCUAGAACCUUGGUAGUCGGAGUGCAUCCUAGGAGUUGAGGUCCUCGUGGGUGGGGUGGGGUCUUCGGGAGGUUUCCUUGGUAACCGUUGCUGAGGAGGGGACGCCCCGGAAGUAGGCCAUGCGCUUGCUCCUAGGAACACCCGUCUGCGCCUGCGCACACGGGAAGUUGCGGGGCGGGGGGCGCUGAGCUCGGCAUGGGGGAGCCGGAGCCGGAGCCGGAACAGAUCCGUCUGAAGUGUAUCCGUAAGGAAGGCUUCUUCACGGUGCCUCCAGAGCACAGGCUGGGACGGUGCCGGAGCGUGAAGGAAUUUGAGAAGCUGAACCGCAUUGGGGAAGGCACCUACGGCAUUGUGUAUAGGGCCCGGGAUACCCAAACGGAUGAGAUUGUCGCCCUGAAGAAAGUGCGGAUGGACAAGGAGAAGGAUGGGGUCCCGAUCAGCAGCCUUCGUGAGAUCACGCUGCUCCUUCGCCUCCGCCAUCCGAACAUCGUGGAGCUGAAGGAGGUGGUUGUGGGGAACCACCUGGAGAGCAUCUUCCUGGUGAUGGGUUACUGUGAGCAGGACCUGGCCAGCCUUCUGGAGAACAUGCCGACACCCUUCUCUGAGGCCCAGGUCAAGUGCAUCGUGCUGCAGGUGCUCCGGGGCCUCCAGUACUUGCACCGGAACUUCAUCAUCCACAGGGAUCUGAAGGUCUCCAACUUGCUCAUGACGGAUAAGGGCUGCGUGAAGACAGCGGAUUUCGGCCUGGCCCGGGCCUAUGGGAUCCCGGUGAAGCCAAUGACUCCCAAGGUGGUCACCCUCUGGUACCGAGCCCCUGAACUGCUGCUGGGGACCACCACGCAGACCACCAGCAUCGACAUGUGGGCUGUGGGCUGCAUCCUGGCCGAGCUGCUGGCCCAUAAACCCCUUCUCCCCGGCACUUCCGAGAUCCACCAGGUGGACCUGAUCGUACAGCUGCUGGGGACGCCCAGUGAGAACAUCUGGCCGGGCUUCUCCCAGCUGCCACUGGUCAGCCAGUACAGUCUGAGGAAGCAGCCCUACAACAACCUGAAGCACAAGUUCCCGUGGCUCUCGGAGGCCGGCCUGCGCCUGCUGAACCUUCUCUUCAUGUACGACCCCAAGAAAAGGGCGACGGCCGGCGACUGCCUGGAGAGCUCCUACUUCAAGGAGAAGCCCCUGCCCUGCGAGCCGGAGCUCAUGCCCACUUUCCCCCACCACCGCAACAAGCGCGCUGCCCCGGCCACGUCCUCAGGUGCCGAGAGCCGGCGCUGCAAACCCUGAGGGCGGGGGCCUCUGGGGCCCGGCCUGUCCCUCAGCCACGAGCGACCAGCUGUUCCAGAUGACUGCACCCCUCUUGCACCUCUGCCCCAGAACCGCAGCGUGUGGACGCUGGGGGAUGCCGGUGGGUGCGCCCUGCAGGCCCAGACACCUUGAGGCUGGCCUGCCGGGUGCCACGUGGUGGCUCUGCUGUCUCGUGGCUCUGCCAUUUGGUGGCUGGGCUGGGUCCCCCUGCUGCCAGGCCUUGAGACCCUCACUUCUCAGGAGGAAACCUGGCUGGGCCCGUCUCAGGAGGUGUCUCUGGCUUGGGACGAGCAGACCCCACGCGGUCACUUUUGUCCCCACUUGAUCCCCAGGGUCUCCCGGGGAAGGGGGGGGCU